UUUAUAGCAGUUUUUUGGAAGUGGACAUUUUUGUCCUUAGUGACUUAAGACGGUAGUAAAUUAAACUGAUGCCUUGUUUUUUAUUCCAAUGAUUGUUUUUACUGUUACAAAUUCUUAUGAAGACCUCUUUACUCCUGACUUGGGCCAAAUCUGUUUAUCUGUAUUUAUAUCCUCCUUGACCCCUCUAAAGCAUUCGACACAAUAUCCAACACCUUUAUCCUGAACCGCUUAUCUGAUUACUUUGGCCUCAGUGAUGCAGCUCUGUUCUGGUUCUAGUCGUGAUAUUGCCUCGGAAAGAAACCUUUUGUCUGUGUCAUAAACUUCAGUUCAAGCCCCACUCCAGUCAACCAAUUUGUAGGUCUACCUCAAGGCUAUGCUUGGACCUCUCCUCUUAACUAUUUACAUGCUCCUGCUUUGACCUAAGCUUGCAAUGAUAUGCAGAUCUAUCUCAACGGCAAACCAUCCACUCCCGCUCCCCCCACAAUGUCCUAUCAACUUCCUGCACAAGAUAAAAAUCUUGAUGUCAUAUUACUCAAGCUCAAUAGCAAUAAAAACUAACUUCAUGGAAGUGGUCGGUUUCUCAGAUUCAAUAUUUACAGUAACAAAAAACCUAUUCCUGUUUAGUUACAGUUGUAUCAGCAUCCACUGUAGCCACCUGUAAUUAGAUUAUAACAGUCAUAACAACGUUCCAGGUAGGCUCUGGAUUUGAAUAUAAUCUGGGAUUUGUUGCCUCAGUGCUGAGUGUUGUGGAAACCCAGAAACUUCCCUGCAGUUACCUUAUAUAUAAUACCAUGUGCUAUCGAGUUGGACAGACACAGAUGGUAUAAUUGUGGGCAAGAAGGAUUAUAUGUGCAGUUAUGCAAUCUGAGUCAAAUAUUUGCCAACACAGUCUGGUAAUUGCUGAUGUGCCUGUAGGAUUAUUGUCUGUGAAACGGGGGGAGUGCACUGUUAUUUUCAUGGACAGUGCCUGGUGUUAAAACAGCAAGUAUGCUAUUUUAAGGUUCUCAACUACACAGGACGCGAGGAAAAGACACUGUGGGAGUGGCUUCAUAAAAUACAGUGUCCAGUCUGAUUGUGCCUAUGAGCUGAGACCAGUUUUAUUCAUUUGAUUGAAGCAUUAAAAUUCGAUAAAACAGGGACACCUGUUCAUAAAAGUAAGGUAAUUAGCCAUUCACACCAUAUCAUUAUGCAAACACCCCACCUGAAUUCUGUUUCACACAUUCAUCACACACUCCUGCCCUACACACUCAUGUGAGGUAAGCUCUUCUCGUCACUUGCUCUUUAUUAAUACAGGAUUAUAUUUAUACUCAAUCCCAAACUCACACACACACAUACACACUCCUUCUCCUCACAGUAGUGCAGUGCCUGUCUGCCAGGGACCUUGACAGGUAGCAAGGCAGUCAGGUAUCUAGAGUUGGAGGAGUUUCAUCUUUCAUGGAGGUCUGCUCUUCACCUGGCUGUUAACAGAGGCUUCACCAGUCAACAGUUGGGUUUCUGUCAGGAAAGGAAAUUUCUUGAAGAUGUUCCCUUGGUCUGCUGUUUUCUCUCUUGAGCCUAAAGUCCCGGGCCAGCGUAGCAGUGAAGAAUUAGUCACAAACACUUUAAUGUUGGAGUUGGGGGCCAUGGUGAAGCGCACUGAACGCAUACGUCUGGAGAGGGCCACAGAAGGUCGCCGUCGCCGUCGCAGCUCCUCCUCCACGGCCGACUACAGCUGGCUAGUCAACACCCCCAACCCACAGCCCUACCAGCUGACACCCAGCGACCUGCUGGAACUGCAGGACCUCUGUGCCAAGAUCCCUCCGGCACAGUGUGGCCCUGUGAUCGUCAGGUUCAGGAGGUCGGUGUCGCAGAUGGAGCCUGAGGUCCACGAGGUUCCCCGACUGUUUCGCUCAGUGUUGCGCGAGUGUGUGGAUGAGGUGAACGGAAACGACGAAGAGCAGACAGAAGACACUAUCUUUGAAAAGCAGCAGCGCAGCAAGAGCCUUUCUUUCAUUACUUUCCGCACCAAGUUCCGCACGGGGCAAUUCUUCAAGGGCAGCGGCAUGAGAGGCUCCAGGGGGAAUCUGCAGCAGGAGGUGGACUGGUCAGACGAGGAGGAGGAGGAUGAAGAAGGGGAAGAGGAGGCCAUUAAGGCCAGGGCAAGAAAGGGAAGAAGCAAGAGCAUGCCAGAGAUUAGCCCUAUGGAGCAGAGUGCCCAGGGCUGAGAGAAGGGAGGCAGAAAGUCAGUGGAGACAAUGCAGAGAGGAUGGUGUGAGGGAGAGGUGGAGCACCUGUAC